GACUGAUGUAACAGUCAUGUGGACGUAUAUAUAUAUAUAUAUAGGAUAGUUUACUAAACUUUAAAAUCUAGCAUCUUGUGAUAUGGGAGAUUCAGGAGAGAAAAGGAGUUUGAUACAUACAGUGCAAGAAACAACUAUAGACGAUAAGACACUAUCAGUUACUUCAUCGGCAGAAAUAGAGACAAGUGAUCGUUACGAAUAUGUACCUCAGAGUCAAAAGACCCUCACGUUUGAAGAUGACACUGCCAAAAGUCUUAAAGUGAGCAACAUUACAAGUCUGAUGCAUCUUGUUAAAGGGAAUGUAGGUACAGGGAUACUAGCUAUGCCCAAUGCAGUCAAUCAUGCUGGAUUAUGGGUUGGAACAUUAGGUAUACUGUUGAUAGGAGGUAUCGCCGUACAUUGUAUGCAUAUGUUACUUAACUGUAGUCAUAUACUAACCAAAAGAGUAACUGAACAUUCGCUGGAUUAUGCAAGUGUCCUUGAAACUGCAUUGAAAACAGGACCAAGACGUGCAAGAAGAAUGGCAAAGUUUGGACGACUAUUAGUCAAUGUUUUCUUAAUCAUCACACAAAUAGGAUUUUGCUGUAUAUAUUUAUUGUUUGUUGCACAGAAUAUAAAGCAGUUUGUAGAUUCGUUCUAUCCAGACAGUUUAUCAACUAUACAUUAUUUACUCAUUGUUACAGCUGUGCUAAUACCAUAUACAUUUAUAAAAGAAUUAAAACUACUAGCUCCUUUUUCUAUGGUAGCUAACAUUUUUAACUUUGUGGGACUUGUGAUAAUUUUCCAGUAUUUAUUCCGAGGAUUACCGGACUACAGAUCAAGACCAGCUUCAAUGCCUUUUGAUGAUUUACCGUUAUAUUUUGGAACUGUAAUCUUUUCUUAUGAAGGUAUAGGUCUUGUUAUGCCAAUUGAAAAUAAAAUGAAAUACCCAAGUGAUUUUAGAGGACUUAGUGGUGUCAUGAACCUAGGUAUGGCGAUUGUGACAAGUCUUUACACAGCAAUGGGUUUCUAUGGAUACCUGAAAUUUGGGGGAGAUGCUUUGGGCAGUAUAACACUGAAUCUACCAAAUGACAAUUGGUUAUAUCUUUCUGUGAACUUAAUAUUUGCUGCAUCUCUGUUUAUAUCAUAUGGACUAAUGAUAUAUGUGCCAGUGAAAAUAACAUUUCCGUGGAUUGCUAAAAAAUUAGGUUCGAGCAGAAAAGUUCAUAUAUAUGCAGAAUAUCCAUACAGAAUUAUUAUAGUAUUGUUUUCAUUAGGAGUAGCAGCGGUGGUACCUCAUUUAGAUCUACUAAUAUCUUUAAUAGGGGCCUUUGCAAGUUGUGCACUGGCGCUGAUGCUACCACCUAUAAUAGAAAUAUUGACUCUAUCAAUGGAGCAUGGACAACUCCCAUGGUGGAAAUUAAUAAAAGACAUUUUAAUAGUCUUAUUUGGUUUUGUAGGAUUCGUGACUGGAACAUAUUCUGCUGUUAGGGAGAUUAUUAAAACUUUUUGAAGUCAUAAUUGUUAUUAAAAUGUCAUUGUAUAUAAUAAAUCAUCACAUGCG